AAACAUGAGGCUCCACCUGGUGAGAAGCCCGAGUUAGUGAGGACUCACCUACGUAACAUGAUCACCGUUCUUGAGAUGAAAGAUAACAUCAUUGGUGUCUACAACGGAAAGACCUUCAACCAGGUCGAAAUCAAACCUGAAAUGAUUUCCCACUACUCGGUUGAGUUCUCCAUCUCAUACAAGCAUGUGAAGCACGGUAGACCUGGUAUUGGUGCUACUCACUCUUCACGGUUUAUUCCUCUCAAGUGAAGAAAUCCUUAUCUAAAACUCAACGCAAAAACUCAGUGUCAUGCCUUCUGCUAAUCUUUAAUGAGGCUUCAUUUUCUGCAUUUGACACAUCCUCAAUGAAACACGUAUCUGCUUGGGGUGAUUUGGAUUCCAGGUUCUGGGAGCUGACAUAUGAGGACUGCCUUAAUUUAAUCGCUCAAGUUCCUGUGGUUGCAGCUUCUAUCUAUCGUAGGAUGUAUAAGAAUGGACAGAUUAUACCAUCGGAGGACUCUCUUGAUUAUGGUGCAAAUUUUGCUCACAUGUUGGGAUUUGAUAGCUCUCUGAUGCUCGAACUGAUGCGGCUUUAUGUCACAAUUCACAGUGAUCAUGAGGGUGGAAAUGUUAAUGGCCAUUUGGUAUAGUGUCUGAAAAAUUAGCUUUCUUCAUCCUCAGCUUUCAGUAGUUUGCUUUUACAAUUGUAGUUAUUCGGUCUUUACCUCACCAAUCAGUUCAAGGCUGCUAGAUUGGCUUUACCUCACCAGUCAAUCUUUUAUUGUUAGUUACAAUAAUGCAAAUGCUCCAACAGGUAAUUAAUUUUUAGUUAUUGUUGUUAUUGUUAAGCUAAUUCUUGAUCGUUAAAACCCAAACAAUAAAGUUCCAUAUUUUAAUCGAAGAUAAGAAAUUUUGGUUUGCUUCCAUCUUAAUUGCUUGGGCUACUGGACAUCAGAAUUGAUGGUAGUAGCCUAUCUCGGUGGCUGCACCAGGGCACCGACUUUUAUUAGUGAUUUUUGUAUUUUUAUGUGACUUCUCUUAUCGAUUCCAAGUUCUCGUGCACACAAACACUGCUAGAACUACAACUAUUAUCAAUAUAUGUCCUAUAACUACACUAAGGAACACUACACUAAUGCAAAAUUUCUGAUGUUUUAUAGUACUACAGUGGAGUACCUACUAUUUAUUUCAAGCGAAGAUUGACGAGUUAAGGGACUUAUGGGUUACCUAUGUAUCUGAGCAUACAACAUUACAACACUAGAUGAAGAGUUUGAAGAUGGUAUAGAUUAUGAAAAUGAUGAUAUGACGUAGGUGAUUUAUGAUUUCAUUUUAAUUUUAGAAUUUUGUAUUCCUUUACGGAGAAAAUUAUAGUACUAAAUACGAAGUACUUUGACGUUAACAA